AUGGCACCUUCAAGGGACGGUGAAGGAUUUCCUACGUCCACCGGAGAACUUUUCAAUGAGAAAGGAUGGAUGAUACAGAAUGCUCGGGGCUACAAGAUUCAUGAAGAACCAUAUUGCACGGCACGGACAUUGCGAGUGAUUCAUAUUGGCGCCGGGGCCUCAGGAAUCACAUUCUCCAAGUUCGUCGAGGAGCGACUGCAGAAUGUUGAAUUACAGAUAUAUGAGAAGAACGAUGAUGUGGGAGGAACCUGGCUCGAAAACAGGUAUCCGGGCUGUGCUUGUGACAUCCCCUCGGCGUCAUAUCAGUUCACCUGGGAGCGAAAUCCUUCCUGGUCGCAGUAUUAUUCAGAGUCGCCGGAAAUCUGGCAAUAUUUCAAGAACGUUGUCGACAAGCAUGGUUUGAUCAAGUACAUCAAGCUACAGCAUACAGUCACCGGUGCCUCUUGGAACUCGGAAGAAGGCCUCUGGGAAGUCCACGUGCGUCGUCCGGAUGGGACAGAGUUCCAAGAUACCUGCAAUGUUCUUGUCAAUGGCGGAGGCAUCUUAAAUAAUUGGAAAUGGCCGGAUAUCAAGGGACUACACUCAUUCCAAGGAAUCCUUCAGCACAGUGCCCAUUAUGAUCCCGCGAUCGAUUUGAAAGGUAAAAGAGUCGCUGUCAUCGGCAUCGGGAGCAGUGGCAUCCAGAUCAUCUCCAAGAUAUCCUCUCAAGUGUCGCAACUGUACGCGUGGGUAAGAUCACCCACGUGGAUCACGGCAGGAUUCGCGCAGAAAUUUGCGGGUCCCAAUGGAGGAAAUUUUCACUACACGCCCGAGCAACAGAAGCGAUUCGCCGAGAACCCGAAAUUGUUCCUCAAAUAUUCCAAAAUGAUAGAGUCAGAGCUGAACGUGAGAUUCAAGUUCAUUCUCAAUGGAACCCCUGAGGCCGAAAGUGCCAAAGUGUUUGCCAGAAAUGAAAUGACUCAAAAGCUCGGAUCCACUAAACAGGAGCUCCUGGAUGCCAUUAUCCCAAAGGACUUUGGAGUGGGCUGUAGAAGGCCAACACCCGGUAACGGGUUUCUCGAGGCUCUAAAUCACGAUACUGUGCAUGUCUUCACACAGCCGAUGAGAGAGAUCAUUCCAAAUGGUUUUGUUGACAGCGAUGGCAAGGAACAUGAAGUCGACGCCAUCAUCUGUGCUACGGGCUUCGACACCAGUUGGAUCCCCAGGUUUCCCGUCGAGGCAAAUGGGUACAGCAUAGCAAAGAUGUGGGCCGGAGAAGCCACCUCGUACAUCUCUCUCGGGGUUCCUCACAUGCCUAAUUACUUCAUGAUGGGUGGACCUUAUGGACCUCUUGGACAUGGUUCAUUCCUCCCAAUCAUCGAAACGUUGGCGGGAAACAUUAUUCAAUGUAUCCAGAAAAUGCAGAAAGACCGAAUCAGGAGUCUGACUCCCAAGGCAGAAAUCGCUGAACAGCUCAAGGAACAUGCGGCGCUCUUCUUGAAGCGCACGGCUUGGUCUUCCGGAUGUAGCUCUUGGUUCAAGCAAGGAAGAGUUGACGGUCCUCUGCCCAUGUUUCCCGGUUCCCGACUUGUGUACAUGGAUCUCCUCGCGACGCCUCGUUUCGAGGAUUACGAGAUCGAGUAUUGCAACCCGUUGAACAUGUUCGAGUUUCUUGGGAAUGGUUUCGCCACCCGGGAGUUUGAUGGACGCGACUUGUCGUACUACCUAGGUCUUCUGGAUGAAGGCGAUCAUCAGAUAGACCUUGAGGCGGAUCUUCAUGAUGAACUAGCGGAUUUGGUACACUAG